GGAGGCAAUUUGGGAGCUGCUGGGGGGCGUUGAGAAUUAGAUUGUUGAUAGCGUUCCUACAAAGGCUGCUAUUAACAGCCUGCUCGUCUCUGCUUCUCUACUGCAGAAGACAGAGUGAUAUUUGUGUUCCCAUAUCAUGUUGUAAAAUGCAUGAGAUUUUGCUCUUCCUCCUUGGAAAUGAGAAUAGGAAAAUGAGAGCAUCCUGAAGCAGAAGCUAUUAGAAGAGCAUGCAGAAACCUGCAGCGAUUUCUGCUUUAUUUUGUCUUCCUAGCUAUGGAUUAGAAGGACUGAUUUUUGCAAUGGGCUUUUUCCAUAAUGGCAUUCUUGUAUUGUUUGGUCAGAGCUUGCACAGGAGGAAAACAGGCUGCUGAAUUUAGUCACUGAUCUCUAUUAGCCGUGGCCUAAGGCUAUGCUGAGAUUUAUAUCCCAUUUGUAUUGUUGCAGCUCAAAAGAAGAAUGUUCAGAGGAUGACAAGUGUAUUCUGAGUAGUACCGUGGUGACAACAUGCCAUUGAAAUGGAAAACGAGCUCUCCUGCUAUCUGGAAAUUCCCAGUUCCUGUGCUUAAAACAUCCAGGUCAUCGCCACUUUCUCCAGCAUACAUAUCCCUGGUGGAAGAGGAGGAUCCUCAUAUGAAAGUGUCUCUUGGCAGCAGCGAUAUGGGCGUCUCUGCCCACCUGCAGUCUUCGAAGACAGGAACCACCAGGUUUUUCACCAGCAAUACUCACAGUUCUGUGGUGUUACAGGGCUUUGACCAGCUGCGGGUGGAAGGUUUGCUCUGUGACGUGACGCUCGUUCCUGGAGAUGGUGAUGAGGUGUUCCCUGUGCACAGAGCAAUGAUGGCUUCUGCAAGUGAUUACUUCAAGGCCAUGUUCACAGGAGGAAUGAAGGAACAAGAUUUAAUGUGCAUUAAGCUUCAUGGUGUGAACAAAAUAGGCCUAAAGAAGAUCAUUGAUUUCAUCUAUACUGCAAAACUUUCCCUUAAUAUGGACAACCUUCAGGACACACUGGAAGCUGCCAGUUUUUUGCAGAUUUUACCUGUUUUGGACUUCUGUAAAGUAUUUCUUAUCUCUGGGGUUUCAUUGGAAAACUGUGUUGAGGUUGGGCGAAUUGCCAACACAUACAACCUCACAGAAGUGGAUAAAUAUGUUAAUAAUUUCAUCCUGAAGAACUUCCCUGCGUUAUUAAGUACUGGUGAAUUUGUGAAACUUCCCUUUGAACGUCUUGCCUUCGUGCUUUCAAGUAAUAGCCUUAAGCACUGCACUGAACUGGAGCUCUUCAAGGCGGCGUGUCGCUGGCUGCGCUUCGAGGAGCCUCGCAUGGAGUACGCCGCCAAGCUCAUGAAGAACAUCAGGUUUCCCCUGAUGACACCCCAGGAUCUUAUCAACUACGUUCAGACAGUGGACUUCAUGAGGACUGACAACACCUGCGUCAACUUGCUGCUGGAGGCCAGCAACUACCAGAUGAUGCCGUACAUGCAGCCGGUGAUGCAGUCGGAGCGGACGGCGAUCCGCUCGGACAGCACGCACCUGGUGACGCUGGGCGGGGUGCUGAGGCAGCAGCUGGUGGUCAGCAAGGAGCUGCGCAUGUACGACGAGAAGGCCCACGAGUGGAAGUCCCUGGCGCCCAUGGACGCGCCGCGCUACCAGCACGGCAUCGCCGUCAUCGGCAACUUCCUCUACGUGGUGGGCGGCCAGAGCAACUACGACACCAAGGGCAAGACGGCGGUGGACACGGUCUUCAGGUUUGAUCCGCGCUACAACAAGUGGAUGCAAGUGGCAUCUCUAAACGAGAAACGGACCUUCUUCCACCUAAGUGCCCUCAAAGGACAUUUGUAUGCAGUCGGAGGUCGGAAUGCGGCGGGCGAGCUAGCCACUGUGGAAUGUUACAACCCCAGAAUGAAUGAGUGGAGCUACGUGGCAAAAAUGAACGAGCCCCACUAUGGUCACGCUGGAACCGUCUAUGGGGGGUUAAUGUACAUUUCAGGGGGAAUCACCCACGAUACUUUCCAAAAGGAACUCAUGUGCUUUGACCCUGACACAGACAAAUGGACUCAGAAAGCUCCCAUGACGACAGUCAGAGGUCUGCAUUGCAUGUGUACUGUAGGAGACAAGCUGUAUGUUAUUGGUGGCAAUCACUUUAGAGGAACAAGUGAUUAUGAUGAUGUUCUAAGCUGUGAAUAUUACUCACCAACUCUAGACCAGUGGACUCCAAUUGCCGCCAUGUUACGUGGGCAAAGCGAUGUCGGGGUUGCUGUCUUUGAAAAUAAAAUCUAUGUUGUUGGAGGAUAUUCUUGGAAUAACCGGUGCAUGGUGGAAAUAGUUCAGAAGUAUGAUCCAGAAAAAGAUGAGUGGCAUAAAGUGUUUGACCUUCCAGAAUCCCUUGGUGGCAUUCGAGCCUGCACUCUGACAGUUUUCCCUCCGGAGGACAACACAGGGUCACCGUCCAGGGAGUCUCCUCUGUCAGCACCUUAGACCCGUCCCUUGGCUCACCAUUGUAGUAACACCUCUGCACUGCAUCAUGGGUCUGUCAUUUUUCUUCAGUAGUUUCUGUUAGGCUUAGCCUACAGCAUUUCAUACAAUUACUGGAAAAAAAAAAGGACUUUGACAUUAUUUGUGCUGUUUGUUUGGCCUAGAGUGUCUCUGAAGUGGUUGACGAAAAAAGAUGUACUCGCCCGAGCCAAAUGUUUAACAAAUGAGAGGGUAUUGUCUAUAAAAUGUAUGAACUAGGUAUGUUAUUAAUGUUGUAUGUUGGGUGUGAGGUACCUUGUAGCUUACAUUUGGGAGCCCAGUGAGUCAAAUUUGUAUUGAACAUGUCACUGAAUUUCAUGUUGAAAUCCUUUUUCCUUUAAUUUUUGACUGCAGAUCACAAGGGUAGGUAGACCACAUCAAUGUGAACUCUCUGAAGGUUGCCAAGGGGCCUGAGCUACCUCCCUCUUUACACAGAGUAUUUUUGACAUAUCUGUUUACCCACCUGACUUUGUGGGUGCUUUCAGAGCAUAUGAAGUUUCUUAGGCAGAGGGAAGAAAUAAAAUAAUUUUAAAAUAUUAGCACUGUACAGGAGCGGACCUUGUAGAGGCCGGAAGUUUUUUAUAACAUAUAUCGAGUGUUUUUCCUGAGUCAGUUGAAUGAUGCUUCAAACAAAAUAUCCUAAAUAUAUUUGUGUUUUUUAAUUUGUUUUUUUUUAGGAAUUGGCUUCCUCUUGCAUGGGAGCACACACUAUUAGCAAAUGGGAAUUCAGUGCAGUUGUGUAUUCUUUGCUAUGGCUGUACUGAAUAUGGGUAGUUAAGGGCUAGAAUCAGUAACUUAAGCCACUGAAUUUGACCAAAUGGUUCCAUCAGAUCAAAUUUAAUCUACCUUUUCUCCUUUGCUGUUGAGAUAACUUGCAUAAUGUGUCCUCUGUAUAGUCUCAGUUAAUAAGGUUAUUUAGCACAAAGUGCAGCUUCAGUGAGAGAGCUGCUUUUGCUCAGUGAACCUGGACUACCACAUUUUACCUUCUUUUGUUCAAUAAAACUUUUAACUGCA